UUAUUUAUCGGGUUAAUGAGUCGGAUGCCGGGUUUAUAAUUUCUGUUAUUCCUUGUUUUUUUAAUCGGGCCACCCGAUAACCCGACCACUGGCCUAAGUUCACCAAGUAUUAUUCACAAUAGGAAUAGGGUAUUAGGGUUUAUGACUUUAUUCACUAUUUCCACAUUCUCGCAAUUCAAUAUUCACGAAACUGAAAACGCUGCUCAAAUUCAAAAAUCUAGAGACAAAAUCAAAGGUGAAAGCUUGUGUUGUUGGCUUGUUGCGCUCAACAGGUCUUAUCUGUCUCUUACCAGCCAUGGCACAAGAAAUGGGUAUGUUUACAGUGCAUCAUACAAUUGGAAAUGUUUUAUGCUGCAAAUGUGGUAUAAAUAUGCAACCAAAUGCUGCCAAUAUGUGUGCCAACUGCUUGAGGUCUGAAAUUGACAUUACAGAGGGUCUCCAGAAGCAUGUUAUCAUAUGUCAUUGCCCUGAAUGUGACAGCUAUUUGCAGCCUCCUAGGACCUGGAUUAAAGCCCAAUUAGAAUCAAAGGAGCUAUUGACAUUCUGUCUGAAGAGGUUGAAGAAUUUGAAUAAAGUUCGUUUAGUGCAGGCAGAGUUCAUUUGGACUGAACCUCACUCCAAGAGAAUCAAAGUCAAGUUGAAGGUUCAGAAAGAAGUUCUUCAUGGAGCUAUCCUUGAGCAGGCGUAUACAGUUGAAUAUGUUAUCCAAGACCAAAUGUGUGAAUCCUGUACGAGGGUUCAGGCUAAUCCUGAUCAGUGGGUGGCUGCAGUGCAGCUACGGCAGCAUGUUUCUCACAGGCGAACGUUCUUCUAUUUGGAACAGCUUAUUCUUAAGCAUGAUGCCGCUGCUCGUGCUAUAAUGAUUAAGCAAAUGGAUCAAGGAAUUGAUCUGUUCUUCUCUAAUAGAAGUCAUGCUGUAAAGUUUGUGGAGUUCAUAGGAAAAGUUGUUCCCAGUCGGAGCCGUAAUGACAAACAACUGGUGUCUCAUGAUCCCAAGAGCAACAAUUACAACUAUAAGUAUACUUUUUCAGUUGAAAUUUCCCCAGUUUGUCGUGAGGACUUGAUUUGUCUUCCGCCAAAAGUUUCAAAUAGUUUGGGGAAUCUUGGACCACUUGUGAUCUGCACCAAGGUGAGUAACCACAUUGCCUUACUUGACCCAUUUACUCUCAGGAACUGUUUUCUGGAUGCGGAACAAUACUGGAGGGCGUCUUUUAAGUCCCUACUUUCUAGUAGGCAGCUUGUGGAAUACAUAGUUCUAGAUAUUGACGCUGUUUCUUCUGAGGUCAACAUUGGUGGAUCUAAGUAUGCUUUGGCAGACGCCCAAGUAGCUCGUAUAUCUGAUUUUGGAAAGAAUGAUACAAUUUUCAACAUACGAACACAUCUGGGGCAUCUUCUAAAUCCUGGGGAUUAUGCACUCGGGUAUGACUUAUAUGCUGCUAAUAGUAAUGAUAGCGAACUGGACAAGUAUAAAGGCUUUGUUCUCCCAGAUGUGAUACUGGUUAAGAAGAGCUAUGAAGAGAAAUGGCAAAAGAAGCGUGGGAAGCCUCGUUCAUGGAAGCUGAAAUCUCUCAAUAUGGAGAUUGAUGACAACGCAAAGGGGAGAGAUCAUGAAGAGAAGAUGAACUCUGAGUAUGAACAAUUCUUAAGAGAUUUAGAGGAGAAUCCAGAUUUGAGGUUCAACAUAUCGCUUUACCGUAACAAGGAGUAUCAGCCAUCAGAAAUGGCAUCUGUGACUGAUGGUGAUGAUGCUCCUUCUGUCCCGUUGGAGGAAUUGUUAGCUGAUCUUGAUUUAAGCGAGGAGGAAGCUGACAAUGAUAGCAUGAGGGAGUGAGUUGGGAAAUAUCAAAAGAAAAAACCAAGCCAUGGGGGGAGGCAAUUUUCAGAAGGCGAAGAUGGCUCGUGCGAAGAACAUGGAAAAGAUGAAAGCCGAAAAGGGUAGUCAGCGGGAGGCUAACAGGAAGGCUAUGAGUAUCCAGUGCAAGGUGUGCAUGCAGACAUUCAUAUUAUGAUAGGAAACAAAUGUUAUUUUUUCAAAAGAUUUUGUUAAGCGGGAUCAAAAAUUCAAGAUCACGGUUUUUUUUUGCAUUUUCUUCAAUUUUAAAAGUAUAUGCAUAUCCAAUGUUAAAUCAUAUAGUAUUAAUAGUUUUUCUGCUUUUCAUUUUCCAUUUUUCUCUUAGGUUGUUUGUAGCUACUGAUAAUUAUUAUAUGGUAUUGAAAUAUCAUUGUAGCACAAUUUUGUUUAAUAAGCUUAUGAAUUUGAUCAUUGUACUUCUCA